UCCGUAAAAUCACAUUCAGCUGUCAAGACUGAACAAUGGUUAACAUGAGCGAUCAUCAAUUUUUACUAAAAUAUCUACUUUCAGCUUCGAGACAGUCGAGACGGCGAGCUAAUAAAAGAAAGAGGAAUUAUUGGGACAAUAUAUCUCCAACAAUUUUCCAGACUUGAUUAGCAGAGAAUUUCUAAAGGUCCAGUUUAAACUGUGUGGCCGUGUGUCUGUGUGUUGCGACUGAUUGGCGAGAUGACUGCCGAGUGGCUACACCUGCCCCCGCCGUACCCUCCUGGUGUAGGGCCGUUGUAUGGUGCAGAGUUGGAGGCGUGGUAUGAGGACCUGCAGGAUAUUCUGGGCUCCGAUUCGGGAGGGGCAAAACUGGCACGUGCCCCCACAUGCACUGAGAAGGAGCCCGAGUUUCUGGAUGUUCUGGAGAGUUGUUCUUUGACGUGGCUCACCGAUGGAAACCAGACAUGGGCUGAAGGUGUCCAGAAGACAACAGAAGAGCUCCACACCACCCAAACUUUGCAUCACUCCUCGUCGUCGUCCUCUUCGUCCUCCUCCUCCUGCAUGAGUCCAGCUGUCGCAGAGGAGCAGCGAGUGGAGGCCGAGAGAAGUGGAGGUGGCGGUGACUUGCUGCCUCCGGAGUUCUUCGAAUUGCUGAGUGAAGGAGGAGUGGGAGUGGUGGAUCAAAGCGGAGCUGUGAUCAGCGGUGGCUAUUAUUAUCACCAUCAACAACAUCACCACUCCAGUAACCUCCAUCCUGCGUCUCCCUCAGCCAGCGAGGAGGAACUGCCCUGCGUCCCAGAUUCUCCCUCUUGCUCCUCUUCAGCCUCCCAGUCGCCGUCUCAAAAUUGUUCUCCUCCAUCCUCACCUGUCUCCUCUCCCUCCGACUAUUUGUCCUCCCGUUUGGGGAAACGGAAGAGGACCAGUAGUGAGAGGGCCAACAGUGCCUUGUCCUCGUUCUCCUCCUCCUCCUCCACGCAGCGCACAUCCUACUCGUCUACCAAAAAGAGUCGCAAAGAAAGAGAGCAGGAGAACGAGAGGAAAGUACAAGAGCUAACGGAGCAGAACGAGCGUUUGAAAGCAGAGAUUGAAAGGCUGGGAGAGGAGGUGCAGAAGACGAGAAGAGCUCUGAUUGAGAGGCUAGUCAACACCAGGAAAUGAAAGACGGGGGGGACAGAUGGAAGACAGCAGUACACGAUAAAAGGUCCUACAGAAUUAGAAUAAGCAGUGGUGGGAAAGCUGAAAUGCAGUGGUCAGGAUAUGACAGACAGAAGAAUGGAAACCAAAGAUACAAUUUUAAAGGUGAAAGUUUUAGGGAAGAAAUGCAAGUAAAGAUGGCAAGAAAAGCACUGAAUGUCCAAGAUAAAACACAAAAGAGUUCAGAGAGAAAAGGCUGCAACAGCAUUGCGGAAAAUUGAAAGGACCCUGAAUGUAUGCAGAAGGAAAGAUGGCUUGAGAUGCAAAUCAUGCAGUGAGUUUAAUGAAUGUUUUUUUAUAUAAGGAAUUAAAAUAGGUUCAAUCGAAUGGAAUGGAAGGAAUAAAAAUGGAUCAUUAGUUGAGGGUUUACUGGAAAGGAGGCUGAGUUUGAGAGAGCAUUUCAUUGUUAUUUAUUCCCACCAUUUUGCAAUAAAUUGUAACUUCUUCCUUAAGGGCUACAAUCUGGCUAGCAGAGAUUAUUUGCCCCAAUUUCUGAAGAGUUUUGGAGCUCAGGAAUAGUUUGAAAGUGCCCCGUGCAAUGUGAGUAUGAGAACAUGUUUUUUUCCACCUUUUUAAAACACUAAAACAAAACAAAAAAAAACAUUUUUUUCCCAAGUUUUAUACUGUAUAACCCACGGCUUACGUUUAUAUUUAGAUAAAGCAAGCAAUUCGGCUAUACUUUGAAGCUGACCUUUUCUAUCAUUUUUGGGAUGUUGUGGUAGAAUUUAGUUCUACCUAAUUUUGCUAUUUUUCUAUAAAGCUGUAAUAUAUAUUCACAAUUGUACAGUAAUGGCUUGUACUGUAUGAUCAACAUACUGGUUGUUUUCUUAUUGUACUCAAAUUGUUUUUCAUUAAAAUAUGCAUGGCUUUUAUUACUGCAUCAUAAUUGCGUAUUUUACCAUAUUCAUUGUAAUUACAACUUUGCAAUAAAACAAAGUAAAAACAUG